AUGGAGAUAGACCCUCCUCUCCGCCAGGCAUACAAGGACCUCCUCAUGCACAAGAAGAAGAACCAACCUGCUCUUCCUGCCGCCGCCGCCGCCGCCGCAUCAGAGAUCGUCGACGAAUGCGAGCUCCCACUCAUCGAUCUCCGGCCGCUGAUAUUGGCCGGAGGUUCGGCGGAGGAGAGGGAGAAGUGCAAGACCGAGAUGGCGAGAGCCUCGGAGGAAUGGGGGUUCUUCCAGGUGGUGAACCAUGGCGUCUCUCCAGAGAUCUUGGACAGAAUGAGAAGGGAGCAGGUGAAGGCGUUCAAGCAGCCGUUCGACCGGAAGAAGGAAGAAGACGACAAGUUCUCGGCGGGGACUUACCGUUGGGGCACUCCGACGGCGACUUGCCUGAAUCAGCUGGCUUGGUCGGAGGCUUUCCAUAUCCCCAUGACCGACGUCGUCUCGUCCAGUUCAUUUGACGACGUGAAUGGUGGUGGUUCAUUCAAUAGCCUCAGGUACGUUUCAGUAGUACUGUGUUUCCUUUUAUUUUCUGCUUUGCAUGAGGGGAAAUCAUCUUUUGCGAGCAGAGGCGGAGCUAGGAUCAAGUGGUCGAGGGCCGGACUUUAUUGUAUAAUAUCAGUAAAAAAAAUUAAUAUUUAUAUACCGAUGCCGCCGGCGGCGGCCGUUUUCGGGCUGAUGCCGCACACCGACAGCGACUUCCUCACGAUAUUGUACCAAGACGACCAAGUCGGGGGCCUCCAGUUGGUCAAAGACGGCAAGUGUUUCGCCGUCAAGCCCAAUCCUCAAGCGCUCAUCGUCAACAUCGGCGACUUGUUCCAGGCGUGGAGCAACGGGGUGUACAAAAGUGUGGAGCACCGAGUUGUGACGAACCCGCACGUCGAGAGAUUCUCGACGGCGUACUUUUUCUGUCCGUCGUACGAUACCGAAAUCGAGAGCAGAUGCGAGCCUUCGAUUUACAGGAAGUUUAGCUUCAAAGAGUAUAGACAGCAAGUUCAGGAAGAUGUUGGGAAAUUAGGGCGUAAGGUAGGCCUUUCGAGGUUUACCGUAAACGCUAUAUAUAGCUAG